UUUAACUAGCAAAUUUACUCGCAGUAUAGUCUACAAAAUGCUCUAAUUUGCCUAACUAAACAGAACAGAAAUACUGACUAGGUACCUCGAGAUCGGUCAUUUAUUUUUAAGUGGUGGGGGAUUCGCACAUAUUUUUGUCCAAUUAUUUGCCUUGCAUCAUGCUGAGUGUGGUGUAGAUAGCUGGCACUUCAGUUUGUCAGGCUCCCACUCCUAUUGGGUCUGGCGUUGGAUGGGUGGACUGAAUAAAUAGCGAGUGAGAUGCGGAUCAGAAUGACAUGAGAUGUGGUGGAGCAGCAGCAGCAGCAGCAGCAGCAGCAGAGAGGGUAGGAGACAAUCUAUAGUAGCUGCUCGUUAGCCACCGCAGAUCAGCGUUCAACAGGCAACCGGAUUCUUAACUGAACUCUCUCCUUUUUUCUUCUUCUUGUUCUUUUUUUAUUUUUUUAAAUUUAUUUUACCUCUUAUAAUCUGAGCUCUUGCGUGCGCUCCUACACCACUUUCCUCUGUCAGCGCUCUGAUCCAAGUUUUGUCGGUGAAACCCUAUCCCUCUGCUGCUAACAGAAAGCACGGCCAAGAUGAUGAUGAUCAUCGCGGAGUUCUUCGUGGUUAUCUUGAAGGUGCUCUGGGCGUUUGUGACAGCCGGGGCCAGAUGGGUCGUGCGACCCAAGGAGAAGAGCGUGGCGGGACAGGUGUGCGUGAUCACCGGGGCUGGGAGCGGCCUCGGGCGGCUGUUCGCCAAGGAGUUCGCCCGGCGACGAGCGGUCCUGGUCCUGUGGGACAUAAACAGCCAGAGCAAUGAGGAAACGGCAGAGAUGGUACGGCAGAUAUACCACGAAACGGAGACUCCUAUCGCAAAAGAUGGACCUGUUGGAGGAGUGGAGGAGGUCCCUGCCUUUCAGCCUCAGGUCUACACGUACGUGUGUGAUGUGGGCAAGCGCGAGAGUGUGUAUUCCACGGCAGAGAAGGUGCGGCGAGAGGUGGGAGAGGUGGACAUACUGAUCAACAACGCCGGCGUGGUCUCAGGCCACCACCUGCUGGAGUGCCCGGACGAGCUGAUCGAGCGCACCAUGGUGGUCAACUGUCACGCACACUUCUGGACCACCAAGGCGUUUCUCCCCAAGAUGCUGGAGCUGAAUCACGGUCACAUUGUGACUGUUGCCAGCUCCCUCGGUUUAUUCAGCACAGCUGGAGUUGAGGACUACUGCGCCAGCAAGUUCGGUGCCAUCGGGUUUCACGAGUCCCUGAGCCACGAGAUUAAAGCCUCAGAGAAGGACGGGAUCAACAUGACCCUGGUGUGCCCUUACCUGGUCAACACGGGAAUGUUCAAAGGUUGCAGGAUAAGGAAGGAGAUCGAGCCUUUUCUGCCUCCCCUGUCGCCGGACUUCUGUGUGAAGCAAGCCAUGAGAGCCAUCCUCACAGAUCAGCCAAUGGUCUGCACGCCUCGCAUCAUCUACAUGGUUAACUUUAUGAAAAGCAUCCUGCCCUUUGAGGCCAUCGUGUGCAUGUACCGGUUCCUCGGUGCCGACAAAUGCAUGUACCCUUUCCUAGCUCAGAGGAAGGAGGCGAUGAACAACAAUGAAGCAAAGAACGGGAUCUAAGGAGAAGUGUUUACAACCGGGGCAUUCAUGCAGUUUUGUGACAAAUGGUUUGCCACCACCUUCCCAAUUUCUUAUUUUUUGUGUGUAUUUUCUCACACUUCAGUGUUUCAAAACAUCACGACAAUUUAAAUAUUAGUCAAAGUAAGGUGAUAUCCCGCUACACCUAAUAACUGGUUGGGCCAACCUUGCCAGCAACAACUAAAAUCAAACAUUUGUGAUAAGUCAUGAGUCUUAUGAGGAAUUUUUGGCCUCUUCAUAUUUGCAGAAUUGUUGUAAUUCAACCAGAUUGGAGGGUUUUUGAGCACCAUGUUUCACUGUUGAUCUGAUAAGCAGUUACUUUUAUGCCAGAUGUAAUGGGACACACACCGUCCAAAGAGUUAAACUUUUUGUCCUGUCAGUCCACGGAAUAUUUUUCCAAAAGUCUUAAGGGAUCAUCAAGAUGUGUUCUGGAAAAAUCGAGGCAAACUUUCCUCUGCCAAGCAAGCCAUUUUUGCCAAGUCUCAUAGGCAUAACCUUUGAACUUAACUGAGGCAAGUGAGACCUGCAAUCACUUUUUUCCUCAAAGUAUAUGCAAGUUUGAAUUUUUUUUUGUUUGUUUUUCGUUUAAUAAUGAAUGUCUUCAUUUAAAAACUGCAUUUUGUGUUUACUUGCGUUAAAUUUAACAUUUAAACUGGACUGAUGUUCUGAAACAUUUAAGUGUCAAACAAAUAAGAAAUCAGGAAGGGGGCGGACACUUUUUCACACCGCUGUACCUGCAAGCAUAUGGAAACAACCACUGAAGACGAAAGAUGGGGGAGGGUGAAAAAAAAAGAAAAAAGACUGAAUCUAGACUGGUGCACUUGCAUUGAGCAAAUGCAAAGAUUUACCAUAUUGUUCCUCUGGAACAAAAAAGCUGCGUACUACACAAAGGAAUCAUUUGAGUUUUUUUGUUUUCAUAGAAAUCAACAUCUAUAUACCAUCACUAGUUUUGAAAUCAUACAAAAAAAAAGGUAUCCAGUAAUUAACUUUUUACAUAAUGUAGUCACCAGCCUUAUCUAGUGUCAUUGUGGAAAUAUACAGUAUGUUACUGUACAAACAGUAAUCUUUUUUUUUUCACUUAUUUUAUUUUUUGUAGACAUGCACUGUAAGUUCUAAUUUUUAUGAUGUAAAUUCAGAUUUGCUUUUCCCCACACUGCCAGUGAUCUUUGUGCAGAUUUAACACAAUGCUUCAAGCUAGCCAGCAUUUUCUUAUUCAGAGGCUUUUUUUUUUUCAGUCCAGUUUACACAGCAUUGAUUCACGCUGGUGUGCAUUUUAUUAUUGUUUAUUUUUUGCCAUGUACCAUCUUUCUUUUUUUUGCCUAAAUAUGUAAUUUUUAGAGACAUGUAGCAUAGUUUGACUUUUUAAAUGCAUUCCAAAUGGGACUCAGUGGCCAAGUUAUUGAUAACCUUUUUUUGGACUUUCCUGUUUCACGAGUCUCUGUCAUUGCUGUUCUGAUAAAUCUCUUUAAUGGAACGUGAGUAAAACAAAACAAAACAAAACAAAAAAAAAAUCACUGUCCUGGGUUGAAUUAGCAUGUGACUGAUAGCAGAAUGUAUUGUUUAAAGAGAACCCGAGAGAACAGGCCUUUACAUAUAUACAUAUUUCUUUCCAUUUGUGUCCAUUUUAAGGUGUUGUUCAUAUUGUAAGUUUAUGUUUUUGAACAAUAUUGCUAAAAAACUAACUCCAGUUGAAGUUACUGUCCUGACACUGAGUGGUUGAGGGAACUGUAAUAAUGUUGUUGUUUUUUUUUUAAUUCCCCCACAUCCACCAAAAAAGAAAAUAAAUGUAAAAUUGUCUCUGACAUUCUUCUGACCAGUUAAAGUGAAAUGUAUGUUUAAAUGUUGUUAACCUUCGCCCAAAUGAGUGUUCCCACCACAUUUGAUGUAUGACUAUUUUAUAUACUUUAUAUAUAUAUAUAUAUAUUUUUGUUUUGAAUGUUAAAUACAAUACAUUCCAACAGGCAUCAUUCCCUCAGUCACAGCGAUGAGCCUAAAUUCUCUACCUCUUAAUUUUUGCCUUUUUAUUUUGUUUGACAGUAUAACAUAAGCCUCUUUUUUGUAAUAUUCUAAAACAAAUGCUCCGUUGUCAAGCAAAUGUGGUUCCAAUGUUUAGUGUCUCUACCUAACUUAAAUUAAUAAAAUGAUUUAGAUUAUUA